AUGCCCAUCAUUCUGAGGAAAUUUUUGAUAAAUAUAUUAUUCGGGUUGCAGAUGGAUAUAAAAUUUCUUAUGAAGAUUUAUUAUCCAAAAUCUUAAUUGCCUGUGCUGAUAUUAUAUACUUUGAUUUAAAACAUCUCAUAACUUUAAAUGCUUUUACCUUAGAUAAGACCUUAGAGGAUUUGUGGAAAAAGUUGCUGAGAGAGUUGGAAAACCAUAUUCAAAAUUCAUUGAUAUAG